AUGGCACCACCCGCCUACAUAAUCUCCCGCACGCUCGACCCCAUCUUCGCCCUCUUCAUCGGCCUCGGCGCAGCAUCCAUGCGCAUAAACCGCGAAGAGAAGGAGCUCGGGCGCAGCACGAAGGAGACUAUUAACUCCGGGUUGAGGAGGAUUGGAUUUCCGAGGGCGGAUGACCCGGUGGCUGCUGCUGCGAAGAAGUGA